UAUCGCCAAACACCAUAUGUGCCAGUGAAGUGUGUUUACACACAAACCCCUCUGCUGUCGGCUAUUCUUAGUGGGGAAAGCUAAGUAACUUGAACCCACUACCAGGAAAGCUUUCCCACUGAGCUGGUGGUCUGCCAGUUCAGGGGGACGGCGAAGGGACCCUUACCCCACUUACGCAUUGCUCAUGCUGGGUCAGACGCCCUGUUGCCGUUGGGCAGUGGCUGUUGCAGUGGAUGGUGUCUGGGGGGUGUGCAGGGUGCUCGGCCCGUGCCGGCGUGGUUUAUCCGCCACGCGGGGAAGAGGAUUUGCCAGCACUGAGCCGUGGUGUAGGAGCAGGACAGCAGCUGCGGGCGGUCAGCUGACAACAGGAGUCGCCGCGCGGUCACUCACCAGCGUCGUCUCUCCUCGUGGUUGUCACCAUUUGCCCUUCUGCCGGCGGGGACGGGACACAGAGGGCACCCUGGGAUUGCUCUGCAGGACUUUGCUGGUCAGGUCCAGGGGCCUGGCUGUGCUCUCGAGAUAUGAGAAGCCCUACAGGACUAUACCAGCACCUGCUCCAGCCCCUGCACCUGUAUCUUCUGCAAACAUGCCCCAGACCAAGGCACAGGACAUGGGCUCCGCCUUCAUCCAGACGCAGCAGCUCAACGCUGCCAUGGCCGACACCUUCCUGGACCACAUGUGCCUGCUGGACAUCGACUCCGAGCCCACCACCGCACGCAACACUGGCAUCAUCUGCACCAUCGGACCUGCCUCUCGCUCCGUGGACAUGCUGAAAGAGAUGAUCAAAGCCGGCAUGAACAUCGCUCGCAUGAACUUCUCCCAUGGAUCCCACGAGUACCAUGGGGAGACCAUGAAGAAUGUCCGCGAGGCGGCCGAGAGCUUCGAACCCGGCAGCAUCCACUACAGGCCAGUAGCCAUCGCCCUGGACACCAAGGGCCCAGAGAUCAGGACUGGACUCAUCAAGGGGAGUGGCACGGCCGAGGUGGAGCUGCAGAAGGGCAACAAGAUCAAGGUGACCGUGGACGACGCGUUCAUCGAGAACUGCGACGAGGAAACGCUGUGGCUGGACUACAAGAACAUCACCAAGGUGGUGGAGAUCGGCAGCAAGGUCUACAUCGACGACGGACUCAUCUCCCUACAGGUGCUCGAGAUUGGCGGCGACUACCUGACGUGCGAGAUCGAGAACGGUGGCACGCUGGGCAGCAAGAAGGGCGUGAACCUGCCCGGCGCGGCGGUGGACCUGCCAGCCGUGUCGGAGAAGGACGUCAAGGACCUGCAGUUCGGCGUGUCGCAGGGCGUGGACAUGAUCUUCGCCUCCUUCAUCCGCAAAGCGGCCGACGUGCAUGCAGUGAGGGCCGUGCUGGGGGAGAAGGGCAAGAACAUCAAGAUCAUCAGCAAGCUGGAGAACCAUGAGGGCGUGCGCAGGUUUGAUGAGAUCAUGGAGGCUAGUGAUGGCAUCAUGGUUGCCCGUGGCGACCUGGGUAUCGAGAUCCCCACAGAGAAGGUUUUCGUGGCCCAGAAGAUGAUGAUUGGACGCUGCAACAGGGCCGGCAAGCCAAUCACCUGUGCCACACAGAUGUUGGAGAGCAUGAUCAAGAAGCCCAGGCCGACCCGUGCCGAGGGCAGUGACGUGGCCAACGCCGUGCUGGAUGGAGCCGACUGCAUCAUGCUGAGCGGAGAGACGGCCAAGGGAGACUACCCCCUGGAGGCCGUGCAGACACAGCACAAGAUCGCCCGCGAGGCCGAGGCAGCCAUGUUCCACCGGCAGCUGUUUGAGGAGCUGCGGCGCUCCACGCAGCUGACGCGCGACCCCACCGAGGCGGUGGCCAUCGGGGCCGUGGAGUCCUCCUUCAAGUGCUGCGCCAGCGCCAUCAUCACCCUCACCAAGACCGGCAGGUCUGCCCAGCUGAUCUCCCGGUAUCGCCCCCGCGCCCCUAUCAUGGCGGUGACGCGUAACGACCAGACGGCGCGCCAGUGCCACCUGUACCGCGGCAUCUUCCCCGUCUUCUACAACAAGCCCGCCCACGACGUCUGGGCCGAGGACGUGGACAUGCGCGUCAACCACGCCAUGGAGAUGGGCAAGGCCAGAGGCUUCUUCAAGACCAACGAUGCCGUCAUCAUCCUGACCGGCUGGCGCCCCGGCUCCGGCUACACCAACACCAUGCGUGUGGUCCUGGUCCCCUAAGCUGCCCCUCUCUCCUCCUUUCUACCCCUCCAUUGCUCCCUCUCUGCGGGGAGCUGUCCCCCCCGCGCCCCCAAUUGCACCCCUCCUCAACUCCCCUCUCAACCCCUACCCACCAAAAAUUUGAUCCACACCAGGUAGCCGUUCGUCCAACUCUACCAAGGCUCUUGUUAGGACCACCAUCCCACUCCACACACUCGCACACUCCCCCCACUCCAACGCUACCGUUUCUAGGUGUAGGAAACCAAUGACAGGAGGAAGAUCCUGCCCAGCCUCUUCCAUAUUUAAGGGCCAGUUAAUGUGGCGCCGGCUUGACUCAAAUUUGUAAAGAAAUGCAAAAACAAAAGUCAAAACACACCAGUAAUCCAGACCAGUGUAUGUGAUCUACCAGUGUCUGAACCUCCUCUGCACACACACAGGCACACAAAUACUCUCCACUGCAUUCCCUGAAGUUCUCAUGAUCUGAUCCCAGAGCAGCUUGAGUGGCUAUUUAUUCACUAUAUUUCUUAGCAAGACACCAGUGUGUAGAAGCCUGACUGAAAGUGCUGUUGUCUGGACCGUUUGCAUGCACUCCUUCUUUCCCUCCCUUCCUCCAUCCCUGACCUAUUAACCCCCCCCCCCCCAUCCCCUGAUGCCUAAUGUCUUAUGAAAGUCGUUAGGCAUUGAAACAAGCCACACCCCUUUCCCCUUAAAUGAAGAUGGUUACUGAACGCAAUGUUGUUUCCCACCAACUCGAACAAAACGUGGCUUUUCUGAAGCACUUGUGGGGGUCUAUGACGCUCAUGCCCAGACCAUGAGCCCAGGGGUGACACCCCCACCGCCCCCCCCCCCCCCCAAUCCAAUCUUCCCCUCUCGGAUCCCACCCCCACCCCUCUUACAUGGCCAGCAUAGGUCAGUUUGUUUUGUGUUCUGUAUAUGCGCUUCUGCUGUGUUUUAAGUGUUGCAAUCCUCAUCUACUGUAGACAAUGUUACACUCUGUAUUAUACUUGACGUUGAAAACAAUGGUGGCACCUUUUUUUUCUUUCUUUCUUUCUUCUUUCUUUCUUCUUGGGUUCAUCAGCAAUCAGUGCGGUUUAACUUUUUUUUUCCUAACUGAAGAGAAGUGUUAAUAUUUGGCUGCCUGAUGAUUUUUUUUUUAGUUUGUAUUAGACCACCGUUACUAUUUUAAUGUUCUGUAUUUAGAACACGUGUAUGUGUGAAUAGGAAAGCCUGUAGAGGGCGAAGAUGAUGUAAUGGCACGUUAACUACCAAGUCCACUCCUGAGGAUUGUGGGUAAUAUUCCCGAAGUGUGUAACAUAGAUCGGAUGUGUGAGGGCUGCUGGCUUGGUUGCUGUGUUGGGGGACAAAACGGCACUUUGGAAAGUGUGUUCGGUUGGUUAUUUGCUUAUACUUUUUUUUGUCCUUCUUCAACAUUGUCCAUUCUGUCUAAUGGUAUCUGGGACACAUAAACUUUGGCACUGUUUUUGUGUUUGUCUGUGUGUGUGCGCGCGUGUGUCUGAGGAUCUGAGUGUCUGUCUGAUGAUGUGAAUGAAUGUUUCUCAUCCUGUAUUACUAAGUCUGUUCACCUAAGCUUCUUUGACUGUGUCGCAAGGGUUUGAGGUCUGUGGCUGUGUAUAAACAAAACGAGUAACGCUGUGUAUCAAUCUGGUGUGCUGCGCUGUCCUCCGAGUCCGGACUGCAAUCAAUAAACGAGCUGAUGAGCACCUGAA